UCCAGGGUUAUUUAUAGUAAUUUCGUGCACAAACAGCUUCUCCGACUAUUUAUUUUUCGAAGCAAGCAAGGCAUCCCAGUCCGAGCGAACGCGAGCGAGCGAGAGAGAGAGAGAGGAGAGGAUGAUCAUCCCCGUUCGCUGCUUCACAUGUGGAAAGGUGAUUGGUAACAAAUGGGACACUUACCUUGACCUUCUCCAAGCCGAUUACACUGAAGGAGAUGCUCUUGAUGCUUUGGGCUUGGUCCGCUAUUGUUGCAGACGGAUGCUCAUGACCCACGUCGACCUCAUCGAGAAGCUCCUCAAUUACAACACUCUGGAGAAAAGUGAACCCAAUUGAAAUGGCGGCGUGCUUAUUGAAAGUUUUUGGAAGCUUAUGCGGUUUGUGUGGUCUUGGUGACCCACUUUGUAUGCGAGUUCAAUGGUC